GCGGCGGCGCUGCGGUUGCGCCAUCUGUCAGGAGCCCCGGUGGGAGGGAGCGCCCGAGCCGCGCUCGCCCGGGCGGAGCGGAGGCGAGGCGGCAGCGACAGCAGCAGCGCGGAGAGCCCGUGCGAGCUCAUCCCUGCCCAGGCUGCGGCUCCGCCGCCGCACGGAGUCGCCGCCUCCGCACCCGGCCGCGGCUCGGCGCAGUGCGUCCGCCCCGGGGAGAGGCAGCGGCGCUCCUCGCUGCGGGCGGGCGGGCGGGGGCAGCCGGCGGAGGAGCGGAGCGAGAAGGAUGCGAGUGCGGCGGCGCCGCCCCGGCCCCGCGCUGCGCUGAGCCGAGCCCAGCCGAGCCGAGCUGAGCCGCCUUAGGGUAUGUUUUCAAGCCAUUUUUGAGGAAAUGUGGUGAAUGUAAACUUACUCUCUUUGGGGGGGAAAUUUUGCUGAGGCUCACAUUAGCCCUUUUGGCCACAGCCUUGCGUGGGGAAUUCAUGUCAAGCUGAUUGCUUCCCAGGAUCCCGGGUCUUAUAUUCAGUCUCUGCUUUGGAGAAUAGAGUCCUCUCUCUCCCUCUCACCCUGAUUUUAGAUAAUGGGCUGUGUGCAAUGUAAGGAUAAAGAAGCAACAAAACUGACUGACGAGAGGGAUGGCAGUUUAACUCAAAGCUCAGGCUACCGCUAUGGGACAGAUCCCACUCCACAGCACUAUCCUAGCUUUGGUGUGACUUCAAUCCCAAACUACAACAACUUCCAUGCCACAGGAGGCCAAGGACUGACUGUGUUUGGUGGAGUCAAUUCUUCCUCUCAUACAGGGACCCUGCGUACAAGAGGAGGAACAGGUGUAACUCUUUUUGUGGCACUUUAUGACUAUGAAGCAAGAACAGAAGAUGACUUGAGUUUUCACAAAGGAGAAAAAUUCCAGAUACUUAACAGCUCGGAAGGAGACUGGUGGGAGGCCCGUUCCUUGACAACAGGCGAAACUGGUUACAUUCCCAGUAAUUAUGUGGCUCCAGUUGAUUCCAUCCAAGCAGAGGAGUGGUACUUUGGCAAACUCGGCCGAAAAGAUGCCGAGAGGCAGCUGCUGUCAUUUGGAAACCCCAGAGGUACCUUCCUGAUCCGGGAAAGCGAAACUACCAAAGGUGCCUAUUCCCUGUCUAUUCGAGACUGGGAUGAUAUGAAAGGAGAUCAUGUCAAACAUUAUAAGAUUCGUAAACUUGACAAUGGUGGAUAUUAUAUCACAACUCGGGCACAAUUUGAAACUCUUCAGCAGCUGGUUCAGCAUUAUUCAGAGAGAGCUGCAGGUCUUUGCUGCCGCUUAGUAGUCCCCUGUCAUAAAGGAAUGCCAAGGCUUACUGAUCUGUCUGUCAAAACCAAAGAUGUCUGGGAAAUUCCACGAGAAUCCCUACAGUUGAUCAAGAGACUGGGAAAUGGGCAGUUUGGGGAAGUAUGGAUGGAGAAAGCUGAUGGUUUGUGUUUUAACUUAACUGUGAUUGCUACGAAUAAUACCCCACAAACUGUUGGAUUGGCUAAAGAUGCAUGGGAAGUUGCACGUGAUUCAUUAUUUCUGGAACAGAAGCUUGGUCAGGGGUGUUUCGCUGAAGUGUGGCGUGGUACGUGGAAUGGAAAUACUAAAGUGGCUAUCAAGACCCUGAAGCCUGGCACUAUGUCUCCAGAAUCCUUCUUAGAGGAAGCCCAAAUCAUGAAGAAGCUAAAACAUGACAAAUUGGUCCAACUUUAUGCUGUGGUAUCUGAAGAGCCUAUCUAUAUUGUCACGGAGUACAUGAGUAAAGGGAGUUUGCUAGAUUUCUUAAAAGAUGGAGAAGGAAGAGCUUUGAAGUUACCGAACUUGGUGGACAUGGCAGCCCAGGUGGCUGCAGGAAUGGCCUACAUAGAGAGAAUGAAUUACAUACACAGAGAUCUGCGGUCUGCAAACAUUCUGGUGGGAAACGGCCUAAUAUGCAAGAUUGCCGACUUCGGAUUGGCAAGACUGAUUGAAGACAAUGAAUAUACAGCCAGACAAGGUGCAAAAUUCCCCAUUAAAUGGACUGCGCCAGAAGCGGCACUGUAUGGAAGAUUCACAAUAAAGUCGGAUGUGUGGUCUUUUGGGAUCCUACUGACAGAGCUGGUAACAAAAGGGAGAGUGCCAUACCCAGGCAUGAAUAACCGUGAAGUCUUGGAGCAAGUAGAACGAGGUUAUCGGAUGCCAUGUCCUCAGGACUGUCCCAUCUCCUUGCACGAGCUUAUGAUUCACUGCUGGAAAAAAGACCCAGAGGAGCGUCCAACUUUUGAAUAUUUACAGGGUUUUCUUGAAGACUACUUCACUGCAACAGAACCCCAGUACCAGCCGGGUGACAACCUGUAAAUCUCUGGUUUUCAGACACUGUCAUGAAUUACCAGGUGUUUCUCAGCCCUGUCCCACCUGCCCUUUAUCUUCCAACUCUGUGAUCAGCUUCUCCAGAGUGCAACAUCUUCCAGCACCUCAGUGCACAGGAGGGGCUGAAGUUGAGAACUUCCGCAGCCCUUGCCUAUGACCACUUGUCCUAAUAAUCUGAAUGUCCUGGAUGAAAAGGAGAAAAACACUUGUUUUUUUCUGAAUCAAAGACUCCAAAACUGCAUUGUAUUGAUGUUAUGUAAACUGCAAAACCUCUGUUCAUUGUAAAUAGUAACUCAGUGCCAAUAACUGAUCCUAGUGCUUUCCUUUUUUUAAAAUGCAAAACCUAUGUGAUUUUAACUAGUCUUCUCCUGAUUCAACUAAAAGUAUUAUUUUCCAGAAGUGGCCUCUUUGUCUAAAACAUUUUUUUUCAUGUUUUAACAAAUAAAAAAUCAGGACAGGUGUUUGGUUUUUUGCUUUUUUAUAUAUAAAAUAUAUAUAAUAUAUAUACAUACCUGUACAUACAGUAUACGGGUGCUAUUGCAAAGGAAACUCAUUUGGAUUGAAUGAAUCCUGCUGCAGCAGUACCCAGAAAGCGAUAAUUUUACUGCAGACAUGAAAACACUGGUGGGAUUCUGAAAGCCAGUGAUCUAAUUUUUGGCUUUUGCCAAGCAUGAUUUUUUUAAAUUGGAUUGCACUUUUUGUUUAUGAUUAUGUACCUGUAGAUGGUUGUAACUUUGCUCUUUCAGGAAUCAUGUGCUGUAUUUACAGUAAUGUUUCCAAUGUUUGACAAGUGUGUGAUGAUUUGUUCUUGAAAUUAAAACGAACAUAUUUAAAGCAAGAAAACUACACCAUCACCGUUUGAACUGGAAAUUGAAACUGCAAGGACUUAUUGUAUCAAAACAUGUAUACUGAAAUGGUUCAAAAAGAUUUAUUAAGCAGUGUAACCGCAUUCAGAUGGUCUUAAAAUCAUAGCAUUUUAGCCAUGUCCCCCUGCUAAAUUGUUGGUCAUGCAACUAGGAUUUUUCUGUUUUAUGUGUAACAUUUUUCCAUUGUAAAAUAAGUGUGUUAAAUGUCCUGUACUGCUAAUGAAAUUACUUUCUCUGUGUCUGCAAGUUCUCCAGUGGAAUUACUAUGCACUUCUUUACAUUUCAUGGGGGAUGCACAGAACAAAGUAUUACCUUUUCAGUUGUCUGUACCAGCCUUGAAAUACUUACGUUUAACCAAAAAACAAAAAAAAAAUUCAUUUCUAUUUCUAUUGAGUUUUUAAUACUGAGUUGCAAAUUUUAAAGUCUUAAUUACAUUUUGUUAUGGUUUAUUUGCAAGUUUACAUUUUAAAACUGUUUAACUUUCUUAAUUUAGUAAUUAAAAAAAAGGAGCAUUUUACAUUUGGAUAGUUGUUUUUUUGUUUAAACUGUGGAGAUAAUGGUGGAGAUGAGAUUAAAAACUUUUCAAGAAGGGGUGUCAUGCCAUUUGAGGCAUCAUAUUUCAUAGGAGUAUGCAGACCAGUUACCUAUGGGACAUCAUUUUCCAAAUUACUAAGUCAAUAUGUUUUUAAACAACUGGAGUUCAACUGUAAGGAAGACGGCUGAAUGCAUAGCUAGUCUCUCAUUUUUCUGUUCUACAAACAGUUUGUUCUUUAUUAGUUCUGUUGCAUUUAACGUGACUACUUUUACAUUUACAAGUGUUGCAGGAAAAGAUUUUCUAUGCCUUGUAUUGCUGUUAUUGCUUUAAAAGAUUGCGGCCGAGUAAGACCUCCCAACAGUUGAAACUUGUUUUUAAUUAUUUAAUACUUAGACUGUGAAUUUAUAUUUUGAAGAUUCACACAUUUUCUAAAGAGAACCUUUAGUGAAAACUAACCCAAUAAUGAAUUGAGAUUCAGAGAACAAAUUGUCAUUGUUUUAAUAUUUUCUAUACAAAACUUUGACUGAAAAUCCUCUUGCAAAGGAGGCUUCCACACUUAGCCUUUCUCGAAGUGUGAAUUUAUAUGGCAAUGUUGCUUGUUACCAGAUUUCCAUGAUAAAUUGGUUAACGUUUUACAUGUAGAGUCUAUGAGCAAUGUUAUGUACAUGAUAUAUUCAAUGUUGCUGUACCUGUAGCUGUGGAGUACUGAAGAGGCCAUGAUUCUUGUUGGACUUUUAGCUUCCUCGUAGUACUUACAAAGCAAGUCGUGGUCCUCUUUUUUUUUCCCACAGCUACCCCCCUGCCUUAACACAUCCUCCACGGAACUGAGGACUCCAUAGUAACUCAGCGGGCCUGGUGAAGCCAAAAUGUCACCUACUCAGCCCAGUGCUCGGUGGCAAAGCAUGGCCAUUCUGCCAAGUUCCUUAGCAGCCUUUGCUAUGACACAAAUUUGAGUGCAGUUUCCAUCUGUAAUGCGGGAUGAGCCUAGAACAUUAGUUUGCCUAUGUUUCUCAUUGGAAGUAAGACUCAGAUGGGGCAUUGUUGGGGUUUUAUGGCCUUUAUUUCUGAUUCUUUGGGUUUGCUGUUCCUUGUAUUGCAUUCGGUCUAUGAGUACCUUGUUGGUCUCUGCCGGAUCUCUGCCUGCAGCUGGCUUGUGUGCAGACUGGUGCCACUGUUGAGUGGCAAAUCCAGACCAUUUCUCAUCGGUAGCUCUUCUGCUUCUUUUUAUUAAUGUUGGGAGUUUUGUUGUUUGGGUUUUUUAAUCUCUCAAAUAAAAACAUUAGCAAAAAAUUUAAACAA